AUGGAAGGUCAAAUUAAAUGGCUAAAAACAACAAACAAGGGAAAUAGUAUCCUAGAAAUGUCUCAAGCAGCAUUAGCUCAUAUGCAAACAGCUCUUAGACUAGCCAAGUAUGCCCUUGAUCAUGGUGAGACUCCAGUUGCAUGCGUUAUGGUUCAUACACCAACCAACAAGCUCAUCGCAUAUGGUAUGAACGAUACAAACAAAUCGCUCACAGGUAUUGCUCAUGCAGAGUUUAUGGCAAUUGAACAAGUUCAAGAAGUUUUUGGACGCAAGGAUACUUCUAUAUUCAAGGACAUUACAUUGUAUGUAACGGUUGAACCAUGUAUUAUGUGUGCAUCGGCAUUAAAACAACUAGGUAUUGGCUCUGUUGUGUUUGGAUGCGGCAAUGAACGGUUCGGAGGCAAUGGCUCUAUUCUAUCUAUCCACAAGGAUUCAAGCACUUCACCAGAGAAUAGACAUUUGGUGAUCCCUGGACUAUUAAGACGAGAAGCGAUAAUGCUACUGAGGUACUUCUAUGUACGGGAAAACGACAAAGCACCUAAACCAAGAACAAAAUCUACAAGGAAGCUGGAUAAGGAAACAUUCCCAGCUAUCGAUUGGUCUAUAUAUUUGACCGCUGCGGAAUUUGAAGCGUAUUAUGGAAAGGAUAAAAGGUGCUCGUUUGAGAACAAUACUGAUAUUAAUGAAGACAUAGAUUGGAAAGUCAUCAAUUCCUCAAACGACAGCCUAAUACAAGAGUUAGAUUGCUUAAGAAAUGAUUUUAAAAUGCAUAGCCACAAAAGACACAAACGGUAA